AUGUCUAGGUACACAUUUAACCCACCUGAUGAAGAGCUCAUUAGCUAUUACUUGAAUAACAAGAUCACAAAUAAGUAUGAUUUAGAGGAGAAACAAAUACACGAGGUCAAUAUAUGUCACCAUGAACCCACAGAUUUACCCGGCUUGGCGAAGAUAGAAUCGAGCCACACUUGGUACUUCAUAUCGCCAGUAGAGAAGUUUGGGAAGCUUAACCGGACAAAGAGGGCGUCGAGGACAGGGCACUGGAAGAUAACCGGGAAUAGCGGUACGGUUAAGGAUGUUGAUGGUAACCCUAUCGGUUUAAAGAAGUUUCUUGUUUUCCAAGAAAACAAAAGAUGUUCUAAUUCAUCAUCCACCACCACCCAACAACACAAGUCCACUUGGAUCAUACAUGAAUUUCAUUCCUUUAUCCACCACCCCAAAAAGGACGCCUUUGUUCUCUGCAAACUGAUGAAAAAGACAAGAACUAGACGGAGUGGCGCCGUCACUGAGGCUUCACCGGCGGCGACAGAUUUGUCUCCUGUCUUCACUUCAGCCCCUAUACUUAAUCACUCCCAGAUGCUGGCUGAGAACAUUGUUGAAGAUUAUGGCGGCGAUUACUGUAAUGGUUUAGAAGAGCUUCUCCCAGAAUAUCACAACACUAAUUGGCUUAACCACUCUCAUCAGUACUCAAUUCAGUCCGACCAUUUUCGUUGGGAAAGUUUCGCCUAUAUGUCGCAUGUACGUACCUGA